AUGCCUGGUUUUGGACGCCUGGGCAAGCACAACAACCGAUCGCAGCAGCAUGCAGUAGCCGAGCCGUCGCCUGCUGCGUCUCCCGUGUCUUCCCCCGCACCUUCGGGCACAGGGUUGGACCCGGUCACUGCACUCAAGAGCGGAACAGGUGCCAGCGCAGGUGCCUUCGCGGGCGCAGCACCAACACUGGCACCAGUACCAGCAGCAACAGGCUCGCCUGUCGAAGCAACCCCCUCAUCAGCCUUGUCAUCCUCAACUGCUCUCAGCUCCAGCGAAUCCUUUAUUGACCUGCAGCAGCAGCAGCAGCUUCAUCAUCCACAGCCACAACACCAUCAGCAACCACCACAGCCGCCCAACCCCCACCCCCACCUCUACAACCCAAGUGUCAACCGUCCGCCGUCGCUUCAGAUCCAGCCCGUGGUCGGCGUCGGCGUCGGCGUCGGCGGAUCGUCGUCGGGAUUCAAGCAGCAGCAGCCUCAGACCCCAACCGACUGUGCUAGCAGUGCUGGUAGUGCCGGCCCCGACUCUGCAAACCAGCGCUACGCUGCAGCCAUUCACAGCCAGCAUCAGUCCCUCCAGCCUUCAUCUCAGCAAGCACGCCAGCUCUAUCCUUCCGACUCUACCGACGACUUGGCCGGAUCCGCCGGUUAUCAGCAGUCGCCCAUCUCUACGAACGCCCCCGAAAAGCGAUCGACCCGCAAGCUGUUCAAAGGCAUCUUUAGCUCAACUCGUAGCUCCCACGACACCACAAACAAUCAGCAGCAGCAAGCACACGGCUCUUCCGACAACACCGUAGGCCUAGCCUCCAGGCCUUCCAAGAGGGUGAGCUACUCCGGUCCUCGAGACAACAGGCCUGCCAAAGUCGACGCGCCAGGGUGCCCGCAACCAGCGGCCGUCACUGUUGGUCAAGGUCGAGAACCUCGGCCUACCGCUGCGAACACGACAAUUCGCCAGAUCCCCGGCGAGCAGCUCGACACCUCGUCGUUUGACGAAGAGCACUUUCUGACCCCAAUCCACCCUCCACCCCAGCAACAGCAGGGUCAGCAACCGCCGGCCUCGCAGCAACAGCCACAGCAACGCAUCGGAACAUUACACGUUCAAGACCAACGAGCUCGUCACGAUCCCCAGGAGCUGCUGCCCGCCACGUACGAUCAUCAACUACCACCCGAGGGCCGCCUGCCGCAGUCACAGCCGCCGCCACCGCAGCAACUUCAGUACGUCGGCAACUCAAUUCAAGGAUCGUAUACGUCCAGCUUGGACCAGCACACGGUCCCAAGUCACCAGGCGGCAGGGCAGAAGCAGAAACAACAGCAGCAGCAGCAGCCGCAGCAGAACGCCGAGACUAUUUCCCAGCUCUCGGGCGAGUCGCUCAUUAUCGAUACAGAACAGAGGUCUGUCGAUCAGCAGCAAUCUGUGCCGAGCUCCCCUGUGGUGUACUCCGCGGCUGCUCACCCUCAAGACCCGUCGUCAACGAGCAAAUCGCCUGCCGUUCAAACAACGACAGUGGUUCAGCCACAGUCACAGCCACAGCCACAACCACAGCCACAACAGCAUUUCGUGAUGCCAAACCCCGCAGGAGCAGCUCCUCCUGGACGCCGCAUGGACACCGACAAGGCUCUCCGGAGCCCGGCCGAAGCGACUUCAGCUGCACCUCCGAGCUAUCGCCAAGGAAGCAUGACUUUGAAUACCAUGAGCCCUCUUCCGUCUGCCCCACCAAAUCCGGCGUACCGGGGUGACAGGGCCGCACAGUUCGAUGGACCCGGUGGCAACGACCAGGGCCGAAACAGCCCCCAGCCGUCGAACGCGGAGCGCGAUGCCGAGGGGGAGAAGCAGUUCAAGGAACUUUGUGAGUCUCUCUUCUUCUGCGUCGGAGAGGUGCCGAUGCUGACGGAACCGACGGCAGUGACAAAGUACAAAAACGUGAAGCGUCUCUACUUUGACGGAAAGUCACAGAUAGAGCAACUUUCGAAUCAAGUGGAAACGCUUCAAAACGCCGUUGCCAACCAGCGCAUGUCUCAAUCGCGCACAGCCUGGGACGAUAACGAAUACAUGACGAGGUUCAAUCGCCUGAACGGCGCAAUCAACAACCUGUCCUUCAACAUACGCAAGGACUGGAGCACGUUGCCCCAGUGGCUCGAGGGAUACGCCAGCGCCGAUGCGCUCAAGACGGGGAAGCAAGAGAUGACGGCCGUCGGCCGAGCCAUCGUAUCCCGAUGGAUCGUCGAAGAGAUUUUCAACCGAUGCUUCCACCCCGGCCUAGACCCUCAGCUCAGCUCGCAGCUGAAGGAGAUCGAGCUCAGCAUCCGGGGCAACGCACACGUGAUGCAUAGCCAGGCAGAGUACGACGCGUUGACGACCAAGGUGGUGAACUGGAGGAUGGCGACGCUGGAUGGGUUGCAAAAGAAGCUGAGCGCGACGACCGUGGCCGACAACCGGGCGACGCUGACGAGCAAGGCGACGGCCAACAUGACGGCCUACUUGUACCGCUUCUUGUCCAACCCACCGCCGCCGGGUGUCGAGGGCAGCACGUCGAUGAUCGCGGAGCUGGCGGUGGCGAUUGCAACAAAUCUGCCGCUCGAGAGUCGGGACGUGGCCAUCGCGUACCCGAUGCCCGGGGAUGUGGUGCAUCCGCACCUGAUGGAAGUGGAGAAGACGGGGCUACCGACGUUGGGUUCUCAGAAGUCAGAGACAGAUGUCGUUGGUGAGGAAGAUGAGGACAAUGCGGUCAAGAUCAAGGAAUCGGGCGGCAAGUUGCGGGGGGACAACCUCAAGCCCGGUACGUCCAGUACGAAAGCCGGUGACGCCCCCCCCCCCCCCAAGUCUAGCAAGGGGAGGCAGUGA